CUUAAGAAGUUGCUAUCAUUAGUCAAUCUAUCAUUUUCGCCAAUCUCUAAAACUCAUAGUUUGUCUGGUUUCUAUUGGCAUUGUUGUGACCAAUGAUACCUUCACUCUUUUCUUGGUUUUUCAUGUUACUUCUUGCAAUAAUUUUCUUUCAGAUAAAUGUGGUUUUGGCUUCUGGUCACUGUCAAAGCGACCAACAGGAAUUCUUGCUUCAAUUGAAGAACAACCUCCACUUCCAUUCCGAUGUAUCUCUCAAACUGAUGAAGUGGAAUCAAAGUGUAGAUUGCUGCACGUGGGAAGGUGUAACAUGUGAUGUCAGAGGUCUUGUUACCGAUCUUGAUUUGAGCAACGAAUGGAUUGUCGAUGGAAUGGACAAUUCAAGUAGUCUUUUCAAUCUCCAGCAUCUCCGGAGUGUAAAUUUGGCAAACAACAACUUUAGCUCCAUCUUUCCUUUGGCGUUUGAUAAACUUUCAAACUUGAGGGAUCUUAAUCUCUCAAAUGCUGGCUUCAAAGGGCAAAUUGCAGAAGUGAUAACAAAUCUCACACAACUUGUCUCUCUAGACUUUUCGUCCAACAGUUUUUCUGGUCCAAUCCCAUCUUUUUCAUUUGCCAAAAAUCUUACCCACCUAAACCUUGCCUACAAUCAGUUAAAUGGUUCAAUUCUCUCCACUAAUUGGUCAAGUCUUUCCAAGCUUGAGUUUAUUAAUUUGAGAGACAAUGCACUAAGUGGAACUCUCCCCGUAACUUUGUUUGAAAUUCCAUCUUUGCAAAGUUUAGUACUCUCACAAAAUCAGUUCACUGGUGAAUUGCAUGAAACCCCAGAAUUGGCUUCCUCUACAUUGCAAUCCCUUGAGUUGGAUGGUAAUAUGUUGAAUGGAUCUCUCCCAGUGUCUGUAUUUGGACUCCAGAGCCUCCAGGUCCUCAUCCUUUCUUCCAAUAAUUUCAGUGGUCCAUUAAAUUUAAAUUCAAUUUUGAACCUCACGAAUCUCUCUACUCUUGAUCUCUCAUUCAAUAGCUUGUCCAUCAAUGCAACCAUUUCUGAUCCUGCUUCUUUUCCCCUGAUUCACACAUUAAAAUUGGCUUCUUGCAAGCUGAAAAGAUUCCCAAAUUUCUUAGAGGAGAAAUCUAAACUAUCAAUUUUAGAUCUUUCAGCCAACCAGAUUGAUGGGGAAAUACCUGAUUGGGUUUGGACUAAAUCAUCUCUUGGUUACUUAAAUCUUUCUUAUAACUUUUUGGUGAAUUUGCAAGGCCCUUUGCAAGCUCCAAGUUCUUCUUUGUCUAUCUUAGACCUUCGUGGCAACAAAUUCCAAGGUCAACUACCAAAGCUGUCGUCAGAUUUAGCAUAUGUAGAUUACUCGAGCAACAAUUUCAGCUCUAUGAUACAAUUCUACAAUAGCUCAGGUACCUUUUCCUUCAUCCUUCUUUCCAACAACAAUCUCCAGGGAAGUAUUCCUGAAUCAAUUUGUGAUGCUACAAAUCUUCAAGUCCUUGAUUUAUCAAAUAAUUCCCUGAAUGGCGCCAUUCCUCAAUGCUUAAAUGAGAUGGAGUCGCUUAAUGUGUUGGACCUGAGUAGAAAUAACCUCAGCGGCAAUAUCUCUGAUAAAUUUUCAAGUAACUGUUCGUUACAAACACUAAACCUGACUAGAAACCACUUAGAAGGGAAGGUUCCUAGAUCUCUAACCAACUGUGCAAGGUUGGAGGUCUUAGACCUUGGGAACAACAAGAUCAGUGAUACUUUUCCAUGCCAUUUGAAGAACAUGUCUAAGUUGAAAGUCUUGGUAUUGAGGUACAACAACUUUUAUGAGUCAAUUAAUUGCCUAGAUGACAAGUCCUCCUCACCACCACUUCAAAUUGUUGAUCUUGCUUCUAAUCAUUUUAAGGGAGAACUGCCUUAUCGUUGGUUACACACCUGGAAGGCAAUGAAGUUUGCUUCAGAUGAGCUCGAAGUCCUUGUUUUGGAGGAAAAUGUUCGUUUUGAACUUGAUCAUAACCAUCUAGAUCCUUACCGUCCAGUCUAUGGCUGUUAUGCUAAGGACCGCAGCGUGCUGAGUGAGAGAGCUCCAGAUUCUUAUUCUGCUAUGCCUUCUCCCAUUUCUUAUAUUCCUUCUCCCAAAGGAAAUGUCCGAGUUUGCAGUGAUGUUUAUGGGCAUGAAGGAGGUAGCAAUAUUUUCUCUCAAGGCAUCUAUUAUCGAUAUGCAGCAACCAUUACCAUUAAAGGUUCUGAGACACGAUUAGUGAAAAUCUUAAGUCUCCUCACCUCCAUCGAUUUUUCAUGUAACAAGUUUGAAGGGCAGAUACCAGAGGUUUUGGGGGAGUUCAAGGCACUCUAUGCCCUCAACUUAUCACAUAAUGAUUUUACAGGUCUAAUCCCUUCAUUUCUAGGAAAGUUACAAUAUCUUGAGUCUUUGGACCUUUCCAGUAACAACUUGAGUGGUGAAAUUCCUCAGCAGUUGGGAGAUCUUAAUUUCCUUGCAGUUCUCAAUCUCUCACACAAUCAACUCGAAGGAAGAAUUCCAAGUGGAAGUCAGUUUCAAACAUUUUCAGAAGAUUCCUUUAAAGAUAACAAGGGAUUAUGUGGGAUGCCCCUGAAGGAAAAUUGCAGUGUUGUACCACCAUCCGAAUACAAACAUUCAUACGAUGGAACCCAUAUUGAUUGGAAUUUCCUAAGCGUUGAAUUGGGAUUUGUUUUUGGCUUAGGAAUUGUUAUUCUACCACUUAUGUUAUACAAGAGAUGGAGGGUGUGGUAUUACAAACAUACUGAUGGUCUUCUUUCCAAGUUCGCUUCUCGAUUGAAUCAAGGAGGCAGGAAUCGUGGUAGGUAAGCUUCUAAGAGUACCAAAACAAAGUUGAGGAACAAGCAGCGGCGAGGACCAUUGCAAGCACAAUUCUUGAAAACUUUAAUCUGUGUUAUGUGUCUCUAUUCUUCUAAAUAUCAAAAUUUGUCAUUGUUACUAAGUCAGCAUGUGAUUUUUGUUUUGUUUUGUGUUGAUGUGUUGUAUUAUCAUGUGUAACUAAAUAUAAAUGUUGUUGUUGA